GCCUAGUCAAAGUCCAGACCUAAAUCCAACAACGAUUGAAGAUUAAUAUCGACGGAGGCUCUGCUUCCAGUUCCCUGAGAUGUUUUACAAACGAGCAUUUAACUCUGUAAACGUGCAAAGCUAAUAGAGAUUCGCCUCAAAAGAGUUGAAGCAAUAAUCGCAUCAAAAGACGCACUUUUCAGAUUUCGAUUGCUAAGGGAGGAGGGGGGAUAGAGAGUCAGGUGAAUACUUUGUGGAGGCGCUCUCUCAGGGCCAGGUGAGUGGAACAGGAGACAAUACAGAAAGAUUCGCUGCUUUUGCUGUGGUUUCUAGGGGAAUCCUCAGGCGGCGGCGGUGGCGGUUUUCAUUCAUGCUGCUCGUCUCUUUAUAGGAACGACAGCUGAAGAGUGUGUGAGCGGCAGCUGCCGAGUGACUCUGCAACAAAAAUCCCCUUCGCGACGCAAGCCGAGUGUGACUCAGAAUCACAGAGGGCGGUGGAAAUUGCUAAUCAUGCAGAUCCAAAAAAAAAAAAAAAAAAAGUCUAUCUUUGGAAAUAGCUGUAUCACACUGCCUCCCACACACCUUGCUCCAGUUUUCAUCUUUUUUGUUUUCGCCCAGCUCUCCUGGACAGGGUUUUGUUUCAUUAAACCAGAAGCCUUUUCCACAGAAACCUCAAUGUUAGAAGAACAAAUCUCUCUUACGUCUUAUCACGUCUGAACAUGUGAGUCACACCCUUUGUGGAGAUAGCAUAUCUAAAACACUUCCUGUUUUCUAUUCCUACACUGCAAGAAACAGAAAACCUUACCAACAUCACUGACAUUUUUAACUUAUAAUAUGAGGCAAAUAUCUUGUUCCACUGGCAGACCACUUCACUUAUUGCUAGUACUUUUUCAUCAGUAUUAAGGAGUGACUCCUAUUGCUUGCUGAACGGUUACUCAUAGAAACUAAACCAAAAACACUUUGUAAGACUUUGUUUCUAGAGUCAAGAACAGGCUCUGUUUUAACUUCCGAGGAAAACUGAACAGAAAUUGAUUUUCUGUUAAAGUUCACGCACUUUCAGCUGAUCAGAGGAAUGCGGACGGUCAACACCAGCUUCUCCUUCUGAUAAAAUCCUCGAGAGGCCGGUCUCCGCUUUUACUCCGUUUCCAUGUGACGCCGCAGGAAUGCAGAAAGUUUGGUUUCUAACGUGCAUGAGUGAUGAGGGUUAACAUUUACCUGCAGUCAUCUCGAGCUGCCUGAGCCGUCGCCACGCUCGCUGGACCUCGCACCUGUCUCUACAUGAUCGGGAUUAAUUAGGGGGUCGCGAAGACACGAGCUGCGAGGCCUCUACAGAAAAAUCACACCGGUGCAAACAUGAGAGACCGACUGGGACACCUGCAGGAGGCCCAGACUGAUCCUGAAGGUUUCAGCGCUGUGGACCUGAACGGCCGCUCAGAACACGAAAACUCCAACCCGGAUCUGGAUGGGAUCCUGCAGCAGGCCCAGCAGAUCCGUCUGGAGAUCCAGCAGAUCCAGAACGACAUUGGCGAGCUAAAGGAAGUGAACUUCCAGACGUUAAACAAGACUUCAUUUCCCGAUGUCACGAAGCGAGACUCCAACGCAAUCGGGAUGGACAUCAAGCACAGAGGGGAAGCCGUGUUGCACCAGCUGCACGGGAUGAACGACCUCCGGGGUCAGCUGGAGGACCAGCGGGGCUCCUCUGACCCCGCGGCCCGCGUCGCUCGGACCCAGUACCGCUACCUGAGCGCCGCGCUGCGGGAGGUCAUGUUCAGCUACAACGAGGCCGAGAUGAGCCACAGCGAGGCCUGCAAGCGCCACAUCCAGCGGCAGAUGGAGGUGGCCGGGAGGGAGGUCAGCGAGACGGAGCUUGAGGAGAUGAUGGAGGGAGAGGAGCCGCAGGUGUUCAGCAUCCAGGUGGGGGGCCAGACCGCCCGCUCGGCCCUGGUGAGCAUCGAGAGCAGACAGCGGGAGCUGCAGGAGCUGGAGAAGAGGAUCCAGGGGAUUCAGGAGCUCUUCUUGGACGUGGCCAUGUUGGUGGAGGAGCAGGGGGCCGGGGUGGAGAUCAUCGAGAGGAACGUCCAGAACGCCGAGGUGACCGUCCAGGAGGGCACAUUCCAGCUGGACAGAGCCCUCGCAUCGGAUAAAAACAACCCCUUCAAGAAGAUGUUUUGUGGCUGUUUUCCGUGUUACAAAAAAUUGCCUUGAUUUGUGAUGAGGAAAUAACGGAUCUGGUUAUGACGGUGCUUAUUUUACACGUGGAAAAGAUAAGCAGCAUAUCCAAAAACCUGCAAGACAGGAAGUAUAAGAACAGACUGCUGCGUCAGACACCAAGAAACUACAGUACAGUAUACUGAAAAUCUAUUCAGACAAUGCAAAACAUCUCUUAUAAAUAAUAAGAGACGUUUUACCAACUUCUUCAAAAUUUAUGGUUUUAAAACUAUUUUGGAGAGCCUGGAUGCUAUUGUCUAGGCUUUGUAAGCUUCUCAUAUUUAAAGUGAAUCAAAUUUUGUGCUACAAUAUUAAUCUAUUUAAACAAAUAUAUGAAACAAGAGAAUGUGCAGUUGUUACUCAGAAACCAGAUGGUUGUCGAGUCAAAGAGAUGAAGAUGUUUUGCUGUAAAAUUUGCAUGUAAACCUCUGGAAAAAAAAAAAGCUAAAGACCUUAACUAAAGGUCUAAGGUCUUUAGACCUUUAGCCUGUUUGAAACAGGCUAAAGGUCUAAAGACCUUAACUAAAGGUCUAAGGUCUUUAGACCUUUAGCCUGUUUGAAACAGGCUUCAAACAGGCUAAAGUUUGAAGCUGAUAAUAGUAUUCAAAUCAACUCAAUUACAUUUAAAAAAUACUUAGUUUAUCCCAAAUGAAAAUUAAAUGUUGUAACUCAAAUCAUCCAAGUAUCGUUAGAUAGUAGUGACCACUGUUACAUUUGCAAACCUGCCUCAAUUAGCACAGCUCGGUAGGAAUGGGACAAAAUCAAAAAGGCAAAUCUAAUAAUACCGAAGCCUCUGAAGGUAAAGACAUUUUUA